GGGGCGGUCGUGAGUUCGUGGACACGGGAAGCUCUGGGGACCCGGAGGCCGGGCGCGCCCCGCCCGCGGCGCCGCCCCCUCCGUAACUUCCCCCGGUCUCCCGGGAAAGAGGCGGGGUGUGGGGUGCGGUUAAAAGGCGCCGCGGCGGGCUACAGGUGUUGCGGCCCCGCAGCGCCCGCGCGCUCUUCUCCCUGACUCGGAGCCCCUCGGCGGCGCCCGGCCCAGGACCCGCCCAGGAGCGCGGGAGCCCCAGCGCAGAGACCCCAACGCCGAGACCCCCGCCCCGGCCCGCCGAGCGCUGCCUCCCGACGCAGAGCAAACCGCCCAGAGUAGAAGAUGGAUUGGGGCACGCUGCAGACCAUCCUGGGGGGCGUGAACAAACACUCCACCAGCAUCGGGAAGAUCUGGCUCACCGUCCUCUUCAUUUUUCGCAUUAUGAUCCUCGUUGUGGCUGCAAAGGAGGUGUGGGGAGAUGAGCAGGCCGACUUUGUCUGCAACACCCUGCAGCCUGGCUGCAAGAAUGUGUGCUACGAUCACUACUUCCCCAUCUCCCACAUCCGGCUGUGGGCCCUGCAGCUGAUCUUUGUGUCCACGCCGGCGCUCCUGGUGGCCAUGCACGUGGCCUACCGGAGACAUGAGAAGAAGAGGAAGUUCAUCAAGGGGGAGAUAAAGAGUGAAUUUAAGGACAUCGAGGAGAUCAAAACCCAGAAGGUCCGCAUCGAAGGCUCUCUGUGGUGGACCUACACCAGCAGCAUCUUCUUCCGGGUCGUCUUCGAAGCUGCCUUCAUGUACGUCUUCUACGUCAUGUAUGAUGGCUUCUCCAUGCAGCGGCUGGUGAAGUGCAAUGCCUGGCCUUGUCCCAACACUGUCGACUGCUUUGUGUCGCGGCCCACGGAGAAGACUGUCUUCACGGUGUUCAUGAUUGCGGUGUCUGGAAUUUGCAUCCUGCUGAAUGUCACUGAAUUGUGUUAUUUGCUAAUUAGAUUUUGUUCUGGGAAGUCAAAAAAGCCAGUGUAAUGCAUUUCCCAGUUGUUAGAUUAAAAAAUAGACAGCAUGAGAGGGAUGAGGCAACCUGUGCUCAGCUGUCAAUGCCCAGUCGCCAGCAUUUCCCAGCACAAAGAUUCUGAUCUUAAACGCAACCAUUUGAAACCCCCGUAGGCCUCACGUGAGACACAAUGAGCACACAUGGCACAAUGGAGCUCUGCUCUCCUAAAGCCUCAAAACAAAGGCCUAAUUCUAUGCCUGUCUUAAUUUUCACUGAAGUUAGUUCCACGGAGACCCCGGGCCGCUAGGGGUUAUUGGUGUAAGGUACUUUCAUAUUUUAAACAGAGGAUAUCGGCGUUUGUUUUUCUUUCUCUGAGGACGAGAGAGAAAGGCCGGGCUCCACAGAGGACACAGAGAAGGUUUGGGUGUCCUCAUGGGGUUCCUUUUGCCAAUUUCCCCCACAUUAAAGGUGAACAUUGGUUCUUUUAUUUGCUUUGGAAGUUUUAAUCUCUAACAGUGGACAAAGUUACCAGUGCCUUAAACUCUGUUACACUUUUUGUUAAGUGAAAACUUUUUAGUAUGAUAGAUUAUUUUGAUGUAAAGAUGUUCUGGAUACCAUUAUAUGUUCCCCUGUUUCAGAGACUCAGAUUGUGAUAUGUAAAUGGUAUGUCAUUAGCUACUAUGAUUUAAUUUGAAAUAUGGCCUUUUGGUUAUGAAUACUUCGCAGUGCAGCUGAGAGGCUGUCUGUUGCAUUCAUUGUGGUCAUAGCACCUAACAACAUUGCAGCCUCAAUCGAGUGAGACAGACUAGAAGUUCUUAGUGAUGGCUUAUGAUAGCAAAUGGCCUCAUGUCAAAUAUUUAGAUGUAAUUUUGUGUAAGAAACACAGACUGGAUGUACCACCAACUACUACCUGUAAUGACAGACCUGUCCAACACAUCUCCCUUUUCCAUGACUGUGGUGAAUGGCAGCCAGCAUCAGAAGGAACGCUGAUUUAAAGGGGUCUCUUGGGAAUUUUAUUGACACAGUACCAUUUAAUGGGGAGGACAAAAUGGGGCAGGGGAGGGAGGAGUUUCUGUUGUUAAAAAACAGAUUUGGAAAGACUGGACUCUAAAUUCUGUUGAUUAAAGAUGAGCUUUGUCUACUUGAAAAGUUUGUUUGCUUACCCCUUCAGCCUCCAAUUUUUUAAGUGAAAAUAUAACUAGUAACGUGAAAAGAAUAGAAGCUAAGGUUUAGAUAAAUAUUGAGCAGAUUUAUAGGAAGAUUGAACCUGAAUAUUGCCAUUAUGCUUGACAUGGUUUCCAAAAAAUGGUACUCCACAUACUUCAGUGAGGGUAAGUAUUUUCCUGUUGUCAAGAAUAGCAUUGUAAAAGCAUUUUGUAAUAAUAAAGAAUAGCUUUAAUGAUAUGCUUGUAACUAAAAUAAUUUUGUAAUGUAUCAAAUACAUUUAAAACAUUAAAAUAUAAUCUCUAUAAUAA